AUGUUUUUGACCUCCUUGUGUGCGAUAAUAUUGGCCCUUUUCCAAAUUUCAGCGGUCACCGCACUUAGAUUCGAAGUGCCAGCAUUACUACAACCUACUUCACAAUGUGUGCGUGAGUUUGUCUCCGAUGGCCAGCUUGUUGUUGUGACGAUCAAUACUGAUGGCCAAAGUGGCGAUGGCCAAAUUUUGUCCGUCAAGAUUUCCGGGGCAGAUGGCAGUGAAUACCGUAGAAAGGAUAAUGUCGUUGGUUCGUUUAAGGUGGCAUUUACCGCAAAAUCUUCCUCUUCGUUUGAUAUUUGCUUUGAGAAUAAGAUCCAGCCAGGAUUUAGAUCCAACGGCAGAGAUCUUAAGAGACAAAUCGAGUUGGAUGUUGAGGCUGGAGCAGCUGCCAGAGAUUGGAAUGCUAUUCAGGCUGCUGAAAAAUUGAAGCCGGCUGAAGUCGAGUUGAGAAAGACAGAUGAAAUGAUUGAUGACAUUGCCUCUGAGUUAGAAUACCUAGUUAGAAGGGAAGAAAGGUUAAGAGAUACUAAUGAGUCUACGAAUAGAAGAGUGCGUAACUUCGGUAUUUUGAUCAUUGUUGUUCUUCUUUCCGUUGGUAUGUAUCAAAUCAGAUACAUGAGAAACUACUUCCGUUCAAAGCACAUUCUAUGA